GGCUUGAGACCAGUUGCCGAAAGCUUGAAGCUAAGAAUCUGAUUGUUUUUCGCGUUAAACGACGACGCUUUUGGAUUAUGGCGGAAUCGUCUUCUUCGUCACCCACUGAGGAGAUCGUUCGAUUAAUCAAACGGUUAAGCAGUUACGUUGCUUUCAAGAUGUCUAGCCUCUUCUCUACACCUAUUCGCAAUCUGGUUCUCUCUCUCUCUCCCUCCAUUUCUCGUUUUCCCUUUACACGUUUCUCUGUAAUCGGAUCUGGAAAGUCGUAAGCUUUAGAUUAGGACCGGAGAUUUCAAAAUUAAGCUUAAAAGGUUGUAACUUGAUUAAUGCCCACUGAUUCGAGAUCUAUUGGUGCUAUUGCGGGGCUUGCAAUAGCUGUGAUAUUCACAUGGAGGGCCAUAAGAACACAACCAGGGGAGCCUCAAAGAAGGCGACCUAAACGCAGGUUGCAAUCACCUGAAUCCUCUAGUGCUGCUCCUGAUGAGGAUAAUGGAGUGCAAGAUGUUGUUGAUCAGUUUUUUCAGCCUGCAAAACCUACAUUGGGGCAGAUAGUUAGGCAGAGACUUAGUGAAGGAAGGAAGGUAACAUGCCGUCUUCUUGGAGUCAUUCUUGAGGAAUCAAGUCCUGAAGAGCUCCAAAAACAAGCAACAGUGAGGUCAUCCGUUAUGGAAGUUCUCCUUGAGAUUACAAAGUGUUGUGAUUUGUAUCUCAUGGAAAGAGUUGUUGACGAUGAAAGCGAAGCCAAAGUUCUACAGGCUCUAGAGACUGCAGGCAUUUUCACAUCUGGUGGUUUGGUCAAAGAUAAGGUACUGUUUUGUAGUACAGAGAUCGGAAGAACAUCCUUUGUAAGGCAACUAGAACCUGACUGGCAUAUUGAUACAAAUCCAGAAAUCAGCACACAAUUAGCUAGGUUCAUAAAAUUUCAGCUUCACGUCUCUGCAGCGAAACCAGAGCGAACGGUUCCCAAUGUGUUCACCUCACAGUCAAUAGAACAGUUCUUUGGAUGUCCUUGAUACCCACAAACUCAAUAAUAUUCAAUUUGAUCCUGGUCUUGUUCUGACGGAAGCAAGCAGCGCAGAUGCGUAUCGAUAUUGAUGGAGUAAGAGAGUAGUGCGUGAGUUCGUAUAUGGAAGUAUCCAAGUGUGUAAUAUAUAUGUAUUACCAACUUAGCAGAGUCUUCAGGGAAGAAACGAAGGACCUUUGUCUUGUCUACAUUGAUAUCUUGACUUUGUCGCAUCAGAGGGAUCUUGUAAUGUGAAGUUGUAAACUUUUUUUUUCACUUAAUUUCAUUUAUAAGAGAAUACGUUUAAGAAGAUCA